CGCAUGGACGGAGAGGUGCUGGUUCCCCUCCCGCCGCCUGCCCGGCCCCCUGACCACUGGAGCCGGCCACCGAACACCCUCCGCUCUCUCCUCUCUCCACCUUCCUCAAGGAGUCUGCCGUUACGUCAGACUCACAGGCAGAAAGUGCAGGGCAAGCAAGUCUGCGUCUUAGAGCUAUUCGUAGGCAUCUGCCCAACCGGCACUGCCCGGCUCGCUGCUCAGCCACCGAGAGGCUCCAAAUCAACACUUUAGUGAAGCAGAAAAAUGUGGUAAGUCAUUAUUUCAUUGUGCCACUUUUUCCUCCGCUGGGAUUCUUUCGGACAGUGUUCUGCUCAGGACAGGUCUCUGCUGCCAUGGAGCGCAGGAGCGACUGACCGGUGGCUUAUUGUUGCUUCUGAUCCUCACCCGUCGGUGCAGCACCAUGAAAUGAUGGAACCGACAGGCUUUUUAUCCCCUGAGUGUUUUUUCUACAUUUUGUGUAAUUGAUUCUUGCUGACCUAAAGAACAACAUGCCUCACGCACGGAACAGGAACCCGAGCCCCAUCCCGGAGGGCACAUGGGACACGGGUCUGAAGGAGAUGAACGAGACGUGGAAAGGGGCGAUAGCCUGCCUCGGGGUGGCCGUCUUCUUUGUCAUGACCAUCGGGAUCAUCUACUGGCAAGUGGUGGAUCAACCGAACAAGAACUGGAUCCUCAGAGGGACUUUUAGCGGACUGAUCUGGGAGAGGAGGACCCAGUCCCUGGUCAUACAGACCCUGGACGAGGACAAGACCUUUGUGGAGAUCGACGUGGGGAACGUGGGAAGCCCCGACACGGAGGUCCCAUUCGUGAGGAACCUGUGCUGGCUCAACAAGACGGAGUUCUGCUACACGUGGGAGUCGGUGGCUGAGGUAAAGAUCUCGCUGGAUGUGAGCGGGGAGACGGAGUGCUACGGAAUGAGCUGGACGCCGGCCAGCUGUCACGUGGUGCUGAAGGACUGCUUCUCCAUGAACAACGUGUCGUGGUACGGGGGCGGCAGCGUGCGGGGCCAGAGCUGGCCCAUCAACCAGCAGAACAGCAGCAUGCAGCCCUUUGUCAUCAGCGACCUCCGAGACGCCCCCUCUGGGUACGGCUCCGCUCUGGAGAGGUACUUCCUGGGAUCGUCUGGUGUCGCCGUGCUGCUCUCCCCAGACAUCCCGGUCCAGCUGGGGCUGGAGAGCAGGCAGCAGUUCUGCCUCCAGACGCUGCCCGGCAUGGAGCGCCUUCCUCUGCAGUACAGCGUGUGUGUGGCCCGCCAUGUCAAGGCCGUCCACCAGGAGGCAGCUUCACAGCUCUCCCAGCAAAGCAGGGAGCUGCCGAACAUGAGAACGCUCUGGUUACCUUUCUGGAAUUUUCUAGCCAGUGUGGACUCGGGUGUGAAGGUGGAGAGGGAACUGAGAACCUUCUCAAACCGCCUCAGGAGACACCAUCUGAGUGAGGGGGUCAUCAGCCUCAGCGAACAUUCCACCACCCUCCUCGCCGACAUGGACCAUGACUACCUCACGGGCAGGAAGAGAGGGCUGUCCAAGAGACAGACCAGGGACCUGGGGCUGGUCAAGCUUCUGAACAUUUCCAUCACCCUCACCCCCUUUCAGAGCAUCCACACCGCUCAGUUCCACAGCUCGCUGGCCGGAGGGGGCGGAGGAGAGCAGUACUGGCUCAGCCUGCCCUCUGGCCCCCAGGGACAGCUGGUCCCAGUGCUGAGUCAGUGGGGGGGGCACUUCUGUGUGAAGCUCAACCUCACCAGCCCUGCAGGGGUGGGCUGGUUCCUGGACAGAGUGGGGGCCCUUCAAGACCUCGUGGCCAUGGAGUAUGUGCUGCUGGAGGGAGCCGUGGCCGCCCCCCCCGAGGGCCCAGGGCCCCUGCGGCCCCUGGGGGGUGAGCGGUACAUCGGCCUUUUGGCGGACGUCGCGGCCCGGAUGGGAGAGUCGGCCAUCAUGACCGCUGGGACCCGGACGAGUCACAAGCCUGUGUUUGUGAGGAUGCCCGCCCUGCAGUCGGAGUGGGGGCCCCUGGGUCUGAGGGGCCUGAUACCCUCGCUGCUGCACCACACGCUCCUCGGAUACAACUUCCUUCUCCCGGACGCAGUAGGUGGCUCUCUGUCGGGAGACAUGGUGACGGAUGAAGAGUUGUUCAUCAGGUGGCUGGAGGUGGCUGCCUUCCUCCCAGUCCUCAGCUUCCACACCCCGCCCUGGGUCUACGGAGAGGAGCAGGUGCUGAACCUGACCCGAUCCUACAUCUCGCUGCACCAGGACCUGGUGGUCCCGCUGAUAGAGAAGUAUUCAGAGGAGUGGCUGCUCACCAGGCACCCCAUCUACCGGCCCAUGUGGUGGCUGAACCCAAACGACCCUGCAACCUUCACCAUCGACGACCAGUUCCUCAUCGGAGACGAGGUGCUGGUGGCGCCGGUGGUGGAGCGGGGUGCGAUGCAGAGGGACAUCUACCUACCUGACGGGGGCUUCCAGUGGCAGGACAGCCGCAGCGCCGAGGUGUUUGACGGCGGGACGCUGCUACAGGACUACCCGGUGGCCCUGGACCAGGUGGCCGUGUUCUCGCGGAGGAGCUGAGUCACCUGACAAGCCAAAGUCACAUGACCCGCCCCAUGGGGUUGAUCUUACUUUGUUCUUUGUUAAGCCGUGCUAUUUUCAACUGGCACUUUUCCACACAAAAGAAAGACCAUUGACCGUGUCUUAGGACUCGAUCUUGAGAUUUAAAUAUAUAUGUAUAUAUAAAUAUAUACAUAUAUAUACAUACCUUUAUAUAUAUCGAUUUUUAUACUUGCACUUUACAGUACAAAACUAUUUGUAUUUUUCACUGUGAGGUUUUUUUCUUUGUUUUUCUAAAUCAGUUUUACCUCUUUUUAAUGUGUUUGUUUGCUUUUAGUUGUAUUCAAGGGACAGAGAAAGGUCUCUGUGUUUACAUACAUCCAUCUCUACAGUCUUUAACCCUUCAGCUGCAGCAGCGCCUCUACAGGUGGAGCUGAGCUAGCUCCUCCUGGUCUUCAAUCCUCUCACGACCAAAUAAGUAAUACAGAAAACAAGGACAGUUGGAGAGUUGGACGAGGGAGGACCCUUCUGGGCCCUCACAUGAACAUGACCCUACCUUCUUACCACUUGUUGUGACCAUUGGAAAGGAUUUUACUGGAACUUUCUCGAGCAAAAAGGCUGUUGUAUCAUAAAUAUACCUCAAGUUUACUACCGCUUCCCACCAGACAAUCAGCACUUAUUCUCUGCUUUACUAAUCCAGAGAAAGAUUCAACAUACAACUCUAUUUGCCGGAUUCAACUUAUUAUAUAGCCUAUUGUAGGCCUGUAUGUAGGCACAAUUGGUAAUAGUUCUGCUAAAUAAUGUGAAACAUGUGGAUAUUUUACAGUAGUUGGAAAUUUCAAGUUCAGAAAGUGAAAAUCCUGCCCUGUUUUGGCCCCACCUCACACCUGAUUUCAUUUCUCGUUGGCUGCUGCCUAACGAGCAAAUGAAGAGGUUUGACUCCAAAUACUGGAAUGGAUUUAUCCAAGUUUGGAUUCUGGAAUCUCUACCUCUGUUUUUUCUGUUGUCUUUUUUAGGAUCAUCUGAGCAUUGUUUUUUGGUGACUGUUUCUCAUUGAAGAGCCUGCACUCCUGUUGUGAUGCUGAGGAAUUUGAUGAGUGCCAAUUGAAGUGCUAAAGAAAGCCCGCAAUGACACCUCAGAUGCGGGAAAGAGAUAAAAAUAACAUUGGGGAAUCUUAGCUCCACAAUACAAUCGUAUCUAUCAUAGCAGGCCUCUGCAGUGCACAUCGCUUACAACUUCAGAAGGUGUUCCUUGAAACGAGAUGUAUGAUGUCGUGCUGUGUAAACAGGCAUCUUUGGUAAGGACAAAACUACUUCAACCAUUUUCCCCACUAGAAUGAAGAGUGCCUAGAGCUUGAUGCUCUUAAAUGUAUGGUUUUGCGCUGACAAUGUUUGAUGUCAUGUUGCCAGGACUCACUCAACCCUCGGCUAAAAUUAUGAGUUCAACAAUGAGACCAUUUGUUUAUGUCUAUUUUGUCAUUCUGGGACCCCCUUAAUCACACUACGAACAAACACAAUUUAAUUGAUCGCUAAUCGAUUUUAUAGCAUUGAUCCUAACAAGUUUACUGUGUAUCAAUGUUCUACUGAAGCUUAACGAAUCACCCCUAGUCUUAACGUUUUGCAGUGGGCUGCAAACCACCCCAACGUCUUAAUCUUUCCUAGAAGCAGAACAAACAAUGUAUGGAAUAACUGUGAUUUCCUUCGGUGUAAAGAGCCUUUCUGGUCGCCGAUGGCAUGUGCUUUCUAUUGAACGCUUUGCAACUUGAACUGGCAGACAGAACAUCAUGGGACUCCUUAUUCCGCUGGAUGAGGUGAGCGCCUUCUGAGCCUCUGUCUCUGUGCUACUCUUAAAAUCGUUUUUUUGCUGAAUUGCAGUAUCAGCAAUGUACAUAUUACGAUGACUGUGCCAUUACAAGUGUCCUUCUCUUCUGUAAAUCACAGAACCUCUAAUUGACAAUGUUGCAAUAAAGUUUACAUUUUCUUACCACGAA